AUGAACAAUAUGAAUCGCUUCAGCCAGCGCGUUAAGGCCCAGUUGUCGCGCGGGAAGGACCCCAACAAGCCCAAGAAGAGCAAGGACGCCAAGGAUGGUGCCGCCUCACCUUCGUCCGUGGGCUCGGGUCGCGACGCAAACCAGUCCCCUGUGUUGACGCCUUCUUCUUCGACUUCUACCCUGAACGACAUUCGCAACAAGCCUCUGCCCAGCGGCACCGCAACCGACCACGGCGCACCGAACCAGCCGUCACCUCUGAGCAACCAACAAACCGCGGGCCAGGAUCGUUUCGGUGGCACCUCACAAGCUUCCAAUGGCAACGGUACCCCUUCCCGACUCGGGGCUCUACCUCCGUCCGUCGUCAUCAGCCCAAGCGCUCCGCACGUCCCCCCUCCUGGCGCAGCAGAGACUAUGCCACACGACCUGGCACCCCCCAAGGCGGGCACCAAGUCGCUGAUGUUCGACCGCCUUCAUCAAACACCGAAAGACGUGCCCGAGGGCAUGCGGACGCCAAAACGCCAGCACUCUUCGCGAUUCGACAUCUCAGCGGAUCGCGAGCUCGAGAAACUGCCGGGCUUUCACGAAGUACCUCCCAAUCGGCGCCAGGACCUGUUCAUGCAGAAAAUUGAUCAAUGCAAUGUCAUCUUUGACUUUAACGAUGCCAGUGGCGACAUGAAGUCGAAGGAGAUCAAGCGACUGGCACUGCACGAGCUGCUCGACUACGUGGCCAACAACCGUCAGGUCAUUACAGAACCCAUGUAUCCGAGGGUCGUCGAAAUGUUCAACAAGAACUUGUUCCGUCCCAUCCCGCCCCCCAUGAACCCCCAAGGCGAGGCUUUCGAUCCGGAAGAGGAUGAGCCCGUGCUGGAGGUAGCGUGGCCUCAUAUUCAGGUCGUGUACGAGUUCUUCCUUCGCUUCAUCGAAAGCCAGGACUUCAACACGAACAUUGCCAAAGCCUACAUCGACCAUAGCUUUGUCCUGCAGCUACUGGAAUUGUUCGACUCCGAGGACCCUCGUGAAAGAGACUUCCUGAAGACCACUCUUCAUCGCAUUUACGGCAAAUUCCUGAACUUGCGAUCUUUUAUCAGGCGCUCCAUCAACAACGUCUUUUUCCAGUUCACUUAUGAGACAGAGAGGUUCAACGGUAUCGCGGAGCUUCUUGAAAUCCUGGGCUCGAUCAUCAACGGAUUUGCUUUGCCGUUGAAGGAGGAACACAAGACCUUCCUCACGCGAGUUCUGAUCCCCCUGCACAAGGUCAAGAGCUUGAGCAUGUACCACCCUCAACUAGCUUACUGCAUUGUGCAGUUCUUGGAGAAAGACGCAUCUCUAACAGAAGAGGUUGUUCUCGGUUUGCUCCGAUACUGGCCCAAGACCAACAGCACCAAAGAGGUUAUGUUCCUCAAUGAGGUGGAGGAUAUCUUUGAAGUCAUGGACCCUGCCGAAUUCGCCAAGGUUCAGGAGCCCCUAUUCCACCAGCUUGCGAAGUCAGUUGCGAGUCCGCACUUCCAAGUCGCCGAGCGCGCUUUAUACUUCUGGAACAACGAGUACUUUUGCAACCUUGUCAGCGACAAUGUGGAGAUCAUCCUCCCCAUCAUGUUUGCACCCCUAUACGAGAAUUCCAAGGGUCACUGGAACAGGACAAUUCACGGUAUGGUGUACAACGCUAUGAAGCUUUUCAUGGAGAUCAACCCCCAGCUCUUUGACGACUGCUCCCACGACUACACUGAGCAACAAAACACUGCUGUUGCACGCGAGACCGAGAGGAAGCAAAAGUGGGACUCAAUUGCCAGCCUUGCGAGCCAGAGGAAAUCCACAAAUGGCACCGCUGGCCCCCGAGAGCACACCCCGUCUCCAACAGCAAUGUCUCAGUUAGCUUUGUGA